AUGUCCGAAAAAACGCGCGUUGACUUCUCGCCAGAGGAGCUCGCCGCGAUGCACAAGCUCGCGCAGGAGAAAGAGCGCGAGGGCAAGGCAUCAAAAGCCUCCGCGUCGGUCGCGCUCACGGAGGAGGGCGGCCCCGCUGAGUACGGGGACCCCGACGACUUCCCCGACGGUGGGCGCGGCUGGUGGGUCGUCCUCGGCUGCGUGAUGUUUGCCGCGGCGACACUAGGCUGGGCGUAUGCAUGGGGCGUGGUGCAGACUUACUACCAGGAGCAUGUAUUCCCCGAUGCGUCCGGCACGGUGCUGAGUACGCUAGGCAGCACAUCUGGUAUGGUCAUGACACUUCUGAGCGUGAUUGUGGGGAAGUUGGGCGAUCGAUAUGGCUAUCGACCCUUUCUCAUAGCCGGAGCCAUUUUCUGGCUCGCAGGCAUGCUUGGCUCCGCGUUCUGCACUACGCUAUGGCAGUUCUUCAUUACACAGGGGGUGCUCCAGGGACUUAGCAACGCUCUACUCUUCCCGCUCAUCGUUGCACUGCCGGCCCAGUGGUUCUACAAGUACCGCGCCUUUGCCAUGGGCGUGGUCGUCGCAGGCUGCAGUCUCGGCGGCGCCGUGGCCUCCCUCAUCAUGUACAAACUGCUGGCCACGCUGGGCUACAGGAAGACGUUUGCGAUAUACAGCGCGAUUGACGCGGUCGUGUUCGCGGUCGCACUGAUGCUGGUUAAGGAGCGGCGACCUGCGUGCAAGCGCCCGGAGAUUGUGUGGGUGGACCGGUCGUUCUUCCAGGACCCGGUCUUCUGGAGUCUCGGAAUGUGCUUCCUGUUCACUGUAUUUGGAUAUCUGUCGCCGAUAUUCUUCUUGCCCACGUACGUGCUCGAUAAGCUCCCGGGGACGAGCGACUUUCUUUCGACGCUUCCGCUCACGUUGUUGAACCUGUCCGCGGCAAUAGGCCGCACGUCCGUCGGCUUUAUUGCAGAUCGCAUUGGGCCUGUGAACGCGCUGUUCAUUGCAGUGCUCAUUUCCGGCCUCGCUCAGAUCCUCAUCUGGAACUUUGUGACCACCUACGCUGGCAUCAUAGCGUUCGGCAUCAUUUACGGGUUUUUCUGUGGCUGCUUCAUCUCCCUCUCCCCCGCGGUCGCUGCCCAGUUCUGGGGCGCCGACCGCCUCGGCGGGCUCUCCGGCCUCAUGAUAUUCUUCAACUUGCCUGGAAACGCGGCGGGGGCGCCCAUCGGCGGCGCCAUCCUGCAGGCGAGCGGCGGCAACUGGCAGGCUGUAUCGAGCUAUUCGGGCGUGAUGCAGAUCGUAGGCGCUGCCUUGUUGUUAUACGCCCGUUUCAAAAGAGAGCCAAGGAUUGUUGCGGUGUACUAA